AUGGACGUUAUCCAAAACUACGUCUCCCUCCUCCACACGCUCCUCCCCUCAACCCUCACAAACCCCCUCAUCCAAAUAGUCACCACCCUCUACGGCCUCUCCAAAACACUGCAAACGCAUAUCUCCCCGCUCAUAACCCAAGUCAUCACCCAACCGGACAUCGCCUCCAUCCUCGCCCUCGUCGCAAUCCUCUGGUUCAGCCUACAAAUCUUCGGCAUGCUGUACCGCAGCGUCAUGUUCUGGGUGCGGCUCGUGUGGCAGCUCGUCAAGUAUAGCUUGAUCAUUGGGAUAUCGCUGUGGAUCUGGAACCGCGGGAUGGACGGCGCGAUUCAGGAUGCGCAGGAGCUGGCGGGUUUUUGGGCGGGGAGUUCAAGAGGUUUCAGGGGAGGCGAAGGCGUGGAAGGGGCGGAGGAGGCGCAGAUUAGGAUGCAGGCGAAGCAGAGGGCUGCGGGGGUAUGGGUGGCGUUAGAGGCGGAGAGGUGA